CACAGCUUUCCGUCCCAACUGCCUGGCUGGCUGUGUGUGUCUCUAUCCCACUCUCCCUGGCGCUCACAUAAACACGCUGCGCGCGCACACACGCUCCUUCACAGCUACACACACGCCGAGCCGAUCAGUGCAGGCAGCGCAGAGCCUGGUAAUUGUAUUGCUCCCUCCAAGUGGAAGGAAGGACCGACAGAGGAAGGCCAGAGAGAGAAGAGGAGGAGGAGAGAGAAGAGACAUAAAACUUUGAUCUUUUCUUUGAAUUUUCUUGUUUUUCCGUGGAGGAGGUUGACAUGAAAAUGACCCGGUAUCGCCGAUGGAUUCGGUAGGACACCCGUUAUCCGAGUGUUUUUUAAUGCACUCUGAACAAGAAAUGAACUUAUCGAAGGGGCCAUUGGUGAACAGCAGCAGUGAAGAUAACUCCAAGUCAGCUUAUAGUAAAUGCGGCACUGGCGCCUGGAGGAUGCACCAGAGCUACGAUUCACUGGAGGCCAACCACAUGAGAGACGCACAUGCCCUCUACAACCCCAGGCUUCUCUGCAGAAUGUCCAGUAAGGAGCGCCACCUUGAGUCCAACUGUCCGUCCUCUUAUAUAAAGACUGAGCCGUCUAGUCCUGCCUCCCUGACUGACAGUCUAAACCAUCACUCCCCUGGUGGCUCCAGUGACGCCUCAGGCUCAUACUCAUCCACGAUGAACGGUCAUCCCAACGGCUUGGACUCCCCAAGCCUUUACGGCUCCAAUGCAGGGCCCAUGGGUCCUGCUGGUGGCCCUGGAUCAAAGCGCUAUGAGGACUGUUCAUCAACUAUUGGGGAAGAUUCACAGAUUAAGUGCGAGUACAUGUUGAAUUCGAUGCCCAAGAGGCUGUGUCUGGUGUGCGGGGACAUUGCAUCAGGGUACCACUAUGGAGUGGCAUCCUGUGAGGCCUGCAAGGCCUUCUUCAAACGCACCAUCCAAGGCAACAUUGAGUACAGCUGUCCAGCCACCAACGAGUGCGAGAUCACCAAGAGGAGACGCAAGUCGUGCCAGGCCUGCCGCUUCAUGAAGUGUCUGACUGUGGGCAUGCUGAGGGAGGGUAAGGGAAAAGGUGUUCGUCUUGACAGGGUUCGUGGUGGGAGACAGAAGUAUAAGCGCAGGAUAGAUGCUGACAACAGUCCAUACCUGAACCCACAGUUGGCCCUGCCCCCAAAGAAGCCAUUUGCCUUUGGCUGCCUUGCAGAUAACAAAAUCGUCUCUCACCUGCUGGUGGCCGAGCCAGAGAAGAUCUACGCCAUGCCUGACCCAACAGUACCAGACAGCGACAUCAAGGCCCUGACUACACUUUGUGACCUGGCGGACAGAGAGCUGGUGGUCAACAUCGGCUGGGCCAAACAUAUCCCAGGUUUCUCAACGCUGUCCUUGGCAGACCAGAUGAGUCUACUGCAGAGUGCAUGGAUGGAAAUCUUGAUCCUGCGUGUUGUGUAUCGCUCACUGUCCUUUGAGGACAAGUUGGUGUAUGCUGAGGACUACAUAAUGGAUGAGGACCAGUCCAAGCUAGCCGGACUUCUCGACCUGAAUAAUGCCAUCCUUCAGCUGGUCAAGAAAUACAAAUCCAUGAAACUAGAGAAGGAGGAAUUUGUCACUCUCAAGGCCAUUGCUUUGGCUAACUCAGACUCCAUGCACAUUGAAGAUGUGGAUGCGGUGCAGAAGCUCCAGGAUGUGCUCCAUGAGGCUCUGCAGGACUAUGAGGCUUCCCAGCACCAGGAGGACCCUCGCCGGGCAGGCAAGCUGCUCAUGACCCUGCCCCUGCUCCGUCAGACCUCCACCAAGGCUGUGCAGCAUUUCUACAGCAUCAAGCAGGACGGCAAAGUCCCAAUGCACAAACUCUUCCUGGAGCUGCUGGAAGCCAAGGUCUGAGGGUGGAGGAGUAGAUGCAAGACUGCGAGACACCGGUCUAGACCACCUGAGCUUCAACUAAAACUCUGUACCACAACUUUGAAUGACCUCUUGCCCUUUACACGCACACACUCUUACACACAUGCACACACUCACAGAAUAUGUUUCUGAAGCAUGUCUGCUGACGUGUUGCCCUAUGAAUAAACGUAACCUAAACCUCUUACCUGACAAAACGAAACCCACUUGACCUUUUAUUCUGGGGAGGAUGCUGACAGACUGACAUGACCCCUCUAUUACCAAGGAAAGAUGAUAUUUCCUUUUAAAAUGAUUAAUAAUCACAUAACAGUUACCACAGUGACUCCGAACUCUGAUGACAGCGAAACAGUCACUUAUGCAUUUAAUUAUGAUUAAGGUGUUAAUGACAAAUGCUUCAAUUAGGACGCAUUUAAAGGAAAUCUUUUCCUUUUAGUUCUGCGAGACUCUAAGACUGCACUCGUGUCUCCUGUUCCCUCCCCGUUUCUCCCAACAGAGUUUUUUAAGUGUUCAAGCAGAAGACGAGUGGAAAAAUUAGCACUAGAGAAGAAUUAAUGACGUUUGUUGCCAGAUUACAUGUACAUUGAAAUUUGGAUGGAAGGACAGAAGGAGAAGAAGAAGAGAUUUGCCCUGCCAAAGAAUGGAGCUCAUCCAUUCAGAGGAUAUCAGCAAACUGUCAUAACCCAAAACUGUUUCUGGUUUGAGCUACCUGUGGCUUUCAGUCCAGGCCCUCCAGAGUGCUGCUGGUUUUCAGUUACACCAGUUAUUUAAAGUUGUUGUGGUUGUGAGAAAACCAGCAGGGCUCAGAAUGUUAAGGACCAGGGGUCUCAUUUAUAAAACUGUGCGUAGGAUCCUUACUAAACAUGUACGUGCACCCAAAAGCCAAAAAUGGCACACACCAAGAAAUGUUCAGAUUUACAAAACUGUGGCGUAUGCACACCUGUAAGCAAUGUUCCCUUUAUAAACCGCAGAUCACCUAGAAUUGUGGGCAUGUGAAUCAGCCUCAAAUCCUGCCCUGUACAUGCCCACUUCUAACCACGAAUAGUCAAUGCAAAGCACCUCAUGAAUGGUGCUCUGAGCCUGGCAUGCAUUUGUCCUGUCAUUACAGUGAAUCAUGGCGACGUGUGAGAAAAGAGCAAAGAAAUGUAACUACCCAGACAUUGAAAUAGAGACACUUUAGGGAAGGUGGCGGCCCAGAAAAUGGCAUUAUUUGGUGGCCCCAGCAAGCAACUCAUAAAAAGAAGCAGUGCGAGUGGCAGCAUGUUGGUGCUGCUGUGUCGGUGGGAGAGAGUGGACAGUGUCAGAACUUAAAGAGGUCCGAUCUAAAGGUACCCUACACCUUUCUACUCCUUUAUUAACAUGUAUUUAAUUUGUGUUGCUUGGGUAUUUGAGGAUGUUUUACUUUGAUACGCAUGUUCAUAUUAAAUGUGUAAAAUAAAAAAUCUCAUUUAUUCAAGGAGUAGACAGUGUGGUGGUGAGACAGCACUGAUUAAAUAGAACAAAUUUUGAUUUAAGUUGGAUUUUACAAGACAAUUGCACUACAAGCGCAAACAGCACUGCUGGAUUUUAUCUUCAUGAUAACAUGGAUCUAACAUAAGAUAUGGAGAUAAAUUAAAUGUGUGAGGCAUCAAUACUUAUAUUCGCUUCUCUCUGAGUCACCAGUUCCCCGUGUCUCCAGAAUGUGCAUACACAUGGGUCAGAGCUUACUUACAGGUGUGCACGUUCUUCCCUCAACUUUGGUUUUUAUAGAUCAAAACCUGUGAGUGGGAAGUGGUGUAUGCCACUUUCAGACCAUUUAGUGCAUACGCCACAUUUAUAAAUGAGACCCCAGGAUUGUAAACCACAACUGUAAACACUCUCUGGUUCUCCCUAAAUUCAGCUCCUGGUUUCCCAUGACUCCCUUCCUUCAACUACAGCUUUACUAAUUGUUGUUUUUGCCUAGAAUCAGUGACCUUGGCCUCCCAAACCUGUCAGUAUGACCACAGUAUCAGUGUUUGUGUGCUUGGCUGAAAAUGGUUUCAGAUAUUCCAACCGCUUGAGGAGUGAUUAAUUGGCAGAGUUUACAAGCUUUACUAACAAACAGGAAAACAAGACUUCAUCUGCACUGUCAAGCUUGGCUAACUCACAGGUGUAGGCUCAGUUCACAUUCUCUCUGGUGUUUGGACAUCUGUUUGAAACCUGCUCAGUGGCCCAGGUUUGCAGCUCCUCACAUACCAGUUGGUAGCGAUUUCAGUCUGUCAUUGUGCCAUUAAGAAUAGUCCAGUCCAUGCUCAUCACACAAACUCCAAAAAGUGUCACUUUAGUACUUCCUCUCCUUGCUUUGUUGCAUUCACAACUUCCAGCUUAUCUCCUGCAUCAGUACAGAGAUACCUUCGUGAUUCAUUCAGGAAGUGAUGAAGGAGCGUCAGUCACUCACCGCAAUGAAAACCUGAAGGAAAGGUGUGCUGAGUAAACUGACUGAAGAUCAGCUACUGUUGCUUUGAAACACCUUUUUUAAUUUCUAUCUUGACAAUAAUCUUAGCGAUAAUAUCAAUAUUAGGGAUGUAAAUAACAGUCAUCAUGUAUAUGACAUAUACCAUGACUUUGUUUUUGUUAUUAAUAUUGUCUUCUUAAAACAAAAUCAGUCUUUCCUUUUUCUAUCAGCUUUACCACUUUCAGCAAUUAUCAUAUAUAUAAAUAUAACAAGUAAUAAUGUAUUAACAAAUCAGUGUUUAUCUUAGAAAACUCUGAUUAAUAGUGGUUUUUAAAGGAGGGGUUUGUGCAUAUGGACUAAGUCUGCAAUAUUAACAUUAAGGCCAGUGUUAAAUUUGUGGGGAGAGAGUAGGAGGAUUUGAGGAGAGUUUGUAGCUUCUUGUGCUCUGUGUAACUUGCCAUAAGCUAUUAGAUAACAGUCAGUGGUUUCUUGGAUAGUCACAGUUAGGUAGGGACAAAUACAGACCAGGAAUGUCACGAGGAAAUGUUAAUGCUGCUUUCACAUAAUUGUUAUUGUAAGGGUUAAGGAAGUAAUACAAGUGGUUAAAAACUAAAUCAGCCAGCAUCAAGUUUGCAUUUAUCUGCAAUUAAUGUCUGAUGUUUGUACCUUUUUUGUGGCCAGGCACCUUUUGCUGUCAGGGUUAAUCUUAUUGAAACAAGGCAUUUAUUUAUUUAUUUAUUUAUUCAUUUAUUUAUUUAAAUUUAAUUUAGCCACAUCACUGAGUGUAGGGACAAUCAGAGCCGAACUAAAUCUGGAUUUGCGCUGAGGGAAAUGGUGCCAGCAACAGUGAAACAUCAUCCAUGUAACACGACAAUGACAGUUUCAUGUCACUUCCUGUUAUCUAACAUGUUUUUUAAAUGAUAAAAUAAUGAUGAGCACCAAUAAUUCUGUGUAUCAUACAUACACUAGUGAACUGUAUAAUUAAAACAGGCCAAGAGACUAAAUUGCAUAGAUUUGAUACAUGCAUUUUUACUCAAUCAUAAACUGUCUAGUUGGCGUUGUACCGUAAUUUAAGUCAGCUACAUUAAAAUGACCAGUUGAGGUCGUACAACAAAGUAUAAAAUGUGACUUUAACUCAGCUAAACUUUGACACACUUAAACUGUUGAUGGAAUUAUUUGACAGUAAUUUCAGGAUACUGUUUAACUUUCAACAUCAAAUUCUUGUUAAAAAUUCUAAUGGUGUGUCUAGAAACAGGAAAUGGUAAGCUGAUUUGACCGGAGGCUGUCCCGCAUUUGACAGUCAGGUAAAAGACAUUCGUAGCAAGAAUGUAUAUGGUUGACUGAUCACAGCUUUAAGGCAUAUUUAUGUCAUUAUUUAUUUAAUUUAUAAUGCCUAAUAAAAUGCCAAAAAGUGUAAUUUAGAUGGCAAUGUAAUCUAAUAUAGAAUGGCAACUUGUCACAGCUGAGGAGUGCUGCAGUUUAAGUGUAGUUGAUCUCUAACACAUCACAUGCUCUGUAUCAAACAUUACAGUAUUAUUAGUAAGGGGUAUUUUCUCAGCCUUCUUAAACAUUGUAUAUUGUAAAUUAUACAGAUUAUAAUUCUAACAUAAGACAUUUUAUUGGAAACAAUCUAGAAAAAAGAAAAAAAAAUAGUUCAGCCUUGGUGUGUGUUUCAUGUUCGCUGUUUUUCUGUCAGCAAAAAACAGUUUUGUUAGUUUUAUCUGUUUUUGUUUUGAAGUCCUCGUUCUGUUCGAAGCUUUCCUCCUCUGUUGAGUCCUCCAAGGCGUUGCUGUGUACUUUUUCUUGUGGUGAUUCCUGUUCUUGUGCCGUGUGCUUCUUCUUUAGAUGACACAGAGUAGAGUAGAGGCCAUGUUGUCCGUCUGUCGGAUCAGUCCACUGAGGGUCUGGGAACCCAAUUCUCUUACAAUGAACCGAACAGUAUAUUAGGCUCUUCUUCUAGAAACUUAACUAGACCACCAGGAUCAAAUUACAGUGUUCAUCUUUACCAAACUAUACAUAUAAUAAUUAAAUAUUUUGUAUCUAAAUGAAGAAACACCUUACAAGUAUUUAAAAAGGGAUCAUUUGUGUAAAUUUCCUGUAGAGCAAACAAUAUAACGUAUAUCUCUAGGUCUAAAUAAAGGUAAAAUGAAAAGGACAUUUGAGUAAUUCUGAACUGUAGAUGACUCUUUGUUGAGAAACUCGCUGUACAUAACUGCCUUCCAUACAGCUUGGCUCAGCCAUUACCUUUACUGUUUCAGCAGGCAAAAAGAGAAAAUAUGAAGAUUUUUCCUUAAAAUAUUUACAUUGUUUCCUGUUUUUCCACUUAUUUCCAGGAAAAUAUCUUGCUUUACAACAAACAGGGGAAAGAGAUUUUACAGCUGGAGGACAAGACUAGCUUUGUUGGGGGUUGAUGGGAAAUGUUCUUAAAAACUCAGCAUGUUUAGUUUGUACUUGCUGUUUCCAUUUACCAUAGAUUGAUUACACUGUGGGGACAUGUUUCUGCAUUCUAUUAGAAUUAAACCCCAUAAUCCAGAUUUAAGAUCAAAAUUUCAACACAAUUAUACAUGUUAUUGUACUCACUGCACUUCUUGAUACAAAUUUACAGAUUCAUAUUCUGCUCUACAAAUAGAGAAUGUGAAGGUACGUCAUGCCAUGUUGUUGGAGGUACGAGCUGUAUUUACCUGCAUACAUUCUUGUUUUGUUUGGCUAAAAAGUUACAUCAUUCGUUUAGAUCUCACUUUGCUGACUGUGGUAAUUCAGAAUGGAUAACCUUAGCUGACUGUAGCUAACACAUAGCCGACCUAAAGAUCCCAUCUAUGAGAGUGACAGACUGAUAAAUGACUCUGCACCUUGAGCUCAGCUCUCGGUUCAGGAGCUAACACUAGCUAGCAGCUGUCAGCAGAUAAUGCAGAUACUGCAGUUAGUCAAUUUCUGUCCUGUCUGUGCUCAAACUGAACACUAAAGUGGACGUCUAUAUAUUGUUGAAGCAUCCACUACUAUUUUUUCAGAAACUUAUAGAUGUAUCUAGUGUAUAUCUCUAUGAUGGAAAAUGAGUGUGAUCCCCAAAACGGCGCAUUUACCCAAAAUUCAACACAGCAUGAGGACAGCUUCACAUUCUCUGUAGCUUAAAUUUUAAGGUUCAUCAAAGAUUGUUAACAUGAAAAUAUAAUAUAAUGCUUUUAGAUGAAAUAUGCAGAAAACACUUCACAUGUACAAGAUAUUUGUAGGUGUCCCACAUGACACUUCCUACUUUGAUUGUACCUUAAAACACUUUCUCACUGUUAGAAAGAUGGUCUUUUUUUUUUUUUUUACCACAAACUGUACAAUAAUCUACACACAACUAAAGGUGCUUCUUUCUUACUAUUGUUUCCUUCUGUUGCUGAUUUUAUGCAUUUAUUUGUUUUUACUUUAUUUGUCCUUUCAAACAAAUCCUGUACAGUUGUGAACAGUUCAACACAAAGGAAGAUGUGAAAUGUCUCCCCGAGGUUAUUAAGGCUGAGCUGGAUUUACUUAAUAACUGUGUUCUAAAAUGAAAGCAGCUAAAUUUCUGAUAUUAAAUAUACUGUUAUUUGAUUUUUUUCCCCAAAUAUCCAGUAUUUAUCAGUGUCAGUCAAGUUUUGUUAGUUGGGUUCUGCAAAACUGCUGCCAUUCAUGAUGAUGAAUAGAAGCAGGAGUUGGUAUCACUUACUGAUAUUAUUUAGAUGUACAUUAGGGUUUUUUUCUUUCAUCGGUUAAAAAGCAAUAUUUUGAUGAUCACACCAUAAUGAGACAAGAGUUGUACUUGUUUGUGUUGGGCUAUAGAUCCAAAUGCUAAUGUAUCUAUUGGAAUGAUUCUGCAGUCAUUGUUAAAUUACCCACAACAAACCAAACUGGUACUUGCACGAGGAGCAGUGGAAGACAGGCUGUCUGGCUUUUUGCUGAGCCACUGAUAGAAAGAGUCUGACCUGUUUUUGCUUUGGGCACCAUAUUAUCACCCCCAUCUGGAUCUUAGAUCCAUUAACAGCAAAUAUUUAGCCACAGUGACAGAGGGAUUGCCCAUCUUCCACGGCUGCCCCUGAAAACUGCUAAGGCCAAAAUGUGUCUAUCUGCAGCUCUACAGUGUUUAGGCCUUUAGGUGAAUUUAAUCCCCAAAUGUAACUGCCACUUGAGCUGCAGAAAUUUGCAAAAAUGAAGAACAUAUUUAAGGGAGAGAGAAAGUUGUUACAUUUGACUGAAAACUAUAUUCAAGGAUAAAAAGAGGUGGUGGAGAAGAGCUGUGGAUGAAACAAGACCAUGUAGUGUUAUUAAAACAUGUCUGUAGAGUUUAGAUGUGCUUCACAUCAGUAAAUGAAAAAAAAAAACAAUUACCUGUAUAUUUUUGUGAUGUGUAUCAUACAAGUGUGCUCCAACAAUAAUGUCCAUUUGUGUAAAUGUAUUUAUUUCACAUUGUAUAUAUUGUUCAAUGCAAAAAGAGAGACCUAUGAUUCUGUAACUUAAGCUACUAUGGGUUGAACAUUACAUGUGUUACUCCAGACUAUGCCUUUCAGGAUUAUUACAGUAGAGCAAUAUCAAUUAAAACCAGGCUUCCAGUUUUGAAAUCUGUCUUGUCUCUGAUUCUCUAUCCAUGUAACUGUUUCCAAUACACUAGAGAACGGCCAGUAAUAACAACGACUGACCUCAUAAGUCAUGACAUGAAGACUAUAAAAGCAAAUUUUUUCUCCUAUCAAAUUACACUGGAUUAAAGCUUGAGUUUUCCAUAAAAAAGUAAAACAAAAAAUAAACAAAACAUAACUCAUUGUGGCCCAAGAAAUAAAAGAUACUUGAGCAGAUUUUGUCACAAUCCCCUGCACUUCCUGUUCAAAGCUUUUAUUUUGACACACUUCCACCUUCACAACUGGGCCCUGUCUCAGCUCCUGUUUCUCUUCAGCAUCAGCAUCAAGCCCUGCACUUCAGCCAUACACUCACACACUCUCCACAGGUUUUAUGGAUCUUUGCCUCGUACAUCCUGGAUUUGUUACUUGAUUUUGGACCGAUUUCUGACCUCAAUUUGGACUUUGGUUUUUGUCACUGCUACUCCCUCUCCAGUUUGCCUGCCUAUACAUGGCAUCUAACCAAAACCCACUGAGGGAACUGCAAGUACAGAAAUGCUGACUUGGGAUCUGGGUUGUAGGAAUGCUGUUCUCUAUUAGCAGGGUAAGCAAUGAAAAGAUGGCAAUGCAGUGCCUUUCUAGUGCUGGAGAAAGAGUUUGCAGUUUCAUUCUUUUUUUUUUUUUUAAAUAUGGACUUCUUCAUUCACAACUAAUAUUGGAGUCUGAUUUUAUUUCAGAGGGCUUAUUGAGUUUCAAAAAGUCGAUGUAGUUUUCUUCAGGGUCAGCCUCUAAGGGUGACAGUGUCUGUUUUAGGUGCUGUGACCUGUAAAGUGCUAAUGUGUGGUAGCUUCACACUGAUGGCCUGUUUUGGGACUAUUUAACCCUCCUUUGUGUGGGUAGGUGGGUGGUUUAUUUUGGCAUCUGUGAUUUAUAGUUUUACAAUCUUUAGGGUCCACAUGUGGUCAUACUAUAUCUAAGCACUAUUUGUGUGUCCAAGUUUCUGCGUGUUUGAGAGUGUGUGUUAUCCCUGUAUCCAUUUGUAUCAGUGGUAGGCUUCCCCUGGGUUUCACAGGCCUGGUGGCAUGGGCUCACGGUGGUAAUGGCCUUUCACAGCAUCUAGCUCCCCUGACACGCAGAUAAGGGGAGCAGCACAGUGACAAACUAGGGCACAGAGAGAGCAAAAUAAACAAAAUACAGUUCAUACAACAGGUAUAAGUAAUAAA